ACGAAACAUAGAAUUCCCCACAGUAAACCAAUAGCUAAAAUCCUUCAGUACAAUACCCAGAGAUUUAGAGCUCAUUAUCUAGAUAAAUUGGAUAGAAACCAGAUGAGGAAAUGUGUUACAGGUAUUUUUUAUGUGUAAAAGUUGCUUCCCAUAUUUCAGUUGUUAUUGACAAUUGAAAAUAGCCGCCCUUCAAAGGGAAGUUGUAUGAUAAGGAUAAUGUUUCUCGUAGGGAAUAUAAUCUCAGGACGUAUUAUGUAUAUCUUCGCUACAUUGAGGCAUAAAAGCGUAGUUCGGUAAUAAGUGGUACUUAUAUGGUUAUUGUUAUUAUUUUCCCAGUAUGGAAGCAGGAUCCAAUUGUUCUAAUGAUAAUCAUCCUCGUCAAUUAAAAAAAAAUUCACUAAAGUGUUUCUAUUCACAUUCAGUAACUGGUAAAAAUGAGUUACCAACAACACCAUUAACAACAAAUACGAUUCCAAAUGUUAGCCAUGAAUGUUCUAAAUUCAUAAUAACUACUGAACCCUUAUCGCCACUCAAUAAUCAAAAUAAUUGUUCAAAUGAUUUAAAAUUCAUGGAUGAUAGUACUUCAUCAUCAUCGUCAUCAAUAUGCGGUUUGGAUAGUUUAACUUGUACUCCCAGCGGUGGUGGAGUAUUAUCAUCAGAAUCACCAAGUGAUUCAACAGCAAUUACAUUGACAUCGAAUAAUUCUAACAAAUCACUAUCAUUAUCGUCAUCUUCAUCACAUACUCCCGCUACUGUUGCUACCGUUAUACAUGAUCCUGAUGAUUAUAGGAAUGGUUGUUCACAUAAUGGAUUACUUAUUGGUGAAUCAUUACAAAAUACUCAUCAAUUACCACGUUCUUGUAUGUCUUUAAAAAAAACCACUUCAUUUUUCAUCCCUCCUAAAUCAAAUAAACCUGUCGGUGGUGGCGAACAGUUGAAAUUGACUGAACCAUCAUCGUCAUCUGAUGCUAUGUUAAGUGCUAAUAACACUUUAUCGAAUUCGUCAAACCUUAAAUCGCGUAUCCCAGUACCAGUUUCAUAUAACAAUAAUAAUUAUCUUGAGAGUAGUCAUCGUCCGACAAUGAAGCCUAAUCCAACAGCAUCUCAGGUUAACCAAGCCUCAAAAAAUGGUUCACUGGUAUCCGACUUAUCGUUGAAUAAAAGAUCUGCACAUGGACAGCAUAAUCGAUUAUUUUCACCUGUCAAAUCAACUGAAAAUGGUCAUAUUAAUGAUGAUGAUGAUGAUAAUAAUAAUAAUAAUAAUAGCAACAAUAAUGAUGAUAACGUAGAUCAUUCAGACUAUUCAAUUAACAAAAGUGUAUCUAUAAAAGCAAAGUGUAAAACUACACAUGCAUAUCCUCCACUACCACCUCUUUCAUCGAAUCGUGUUGAUUCUCAUAAAUGCACAAUCAUGUCAUCGAAAUCAACUAAUCAUACCAUGUCCACUGUAGCACCACUAAUCCCUUUAUCAACAGUAACAACGGCGACAACAACACAUUUAAUGAAUGGUUCAAGCGAAAAUAUCGCAUCUUGUCCAGUUAAAUCACAUCCUAAUGAAAUAUUACAGGAUGCUAAUGGUAGUGUUAAGAAUACAGAAAGUAAUUUAAAAGAUCUCUUACCACCUUUUUCAUCAGACUCAUCAGAAUCAGAAGACAGUGAAUCAACUACGGAAUCAAUAUAUCAUCAACCACCAAAAGCUGCAGAUCGUAGUGCAGCUUUUAGGUUGGCUAAAAGACUUUUUCAUUUAGAUGGUUUCCGUAUAACAGAUGUUGCCAAACAUUUAAGUAAACGGAAUGAUUUUAGUCAACUUGUCGGUGAAGAAUUUGCCAGUUUCUUUGAUUUCACCAAUCAACGUUUAGAUGUUGCGUUAAGAUCAUUUUUAAAUAGUUUUUCACUGACUGGUGAAUCACAAGAACGUGAACGUAUAUUAUUACAUUUUUCACGACGUUUUCACGCAUGUAAUCCAACUAGUUAUUCAUCUGAAGAUACUUGUCAUACUUUAGUCUGUGCACUUAUGUUACUCAACACGGAUCUGCAUAGUCAAGGUAUAACAAAGAAAAUGUCUUGUCAAGAUUUUGUUAAUAAUCUAACUCAAAUGAAUUGUGGAGAUAAUUUUUCUAAAGAAGAUUUGAAAGCCUUAUACAAUGCUAUUAAACAAGAACCAAUACGUUGGCCUCACUCUGAUGUAAAUAUGAUGGGUUUUGUUAAUUUAUAUUAUCCUGCACCACCAAACGCUCUUGGUCCACCAGUGGUAGGUGCUCCAGUAGGUGGAUUUCUUACAGCGGCCAACUUUUAUGCACCGAAUCUUCCUCAGACACAUUUUAUGUUUAGUCCAUUGCAAAAUACUGCUUAUCCUCCCAUGAUUUUCCCACAUGUAGCAACAUCUCAACUAAAUGAUAAUACCACUAUCACAUCGAAUUCCUUAUCGUCAGCACUAUCUCCAUUGACUACUUCUCAACUAUCGUAUUCAUCACCGAAUACUGGAAUGUCGCCACCUUUCUAUUGGAACCCGAAUAAUUUCAGUACACCAUUGUAUGAUGACCAAUCAAAUCCCGGUGUUGUAUCAUUUAUGAAUUCAAAUCAGCUAGAUGCUUCUGUUUUGCCAAAUCCUUAUACACCAUCAUCGGCUGAACAACUUCGACAACAGGUAUUACAGUUAACUCAAGCAAAUCGUAAACUGAAUGAGUCUUCUGGGCUAAGUCCUUAUCUAGAUUUAACGGCAGAAAUCAACGCUAAAGAAUAUAUGCGUGGUUUAUUAGCUCGUAAAUGGGUUAUGGAGUCGUAUAAAAAGAAAACUCCUGUUGGACGUCGUAGUUGGAAAUUGUAUUAUGCAAGACUACGUGAUCUUGUCUUAUAUUUAUAUAAAAAUGUAAAUAUUGCAAAUAAUGCAACACAUGCUGAAGAAUUACACAAUCUUUACUAUCAGCAACAACACCAAUACCAACAACAAAAUUAUCUACAACAACUUUUUAUUCAACAACAACAACAACAAAGACAGCAACAUUUUCUGUUAAUUCAACAACAGCAGCAACAAUAUCAACAUCUUCAACAGCAGCAUCAACAGUAUCUUCUACGUAAACACCAAUCUCCUGAUGAUGAAGAAGAGGAAGUGGAUGAGGAGGAGGAAGAGGGAGAGAAUCAUGGUGACGAUGAUGUUGGUGUUAACGCUAAUUCCCAUUCUGACGGUAACAAUAACUGUACUGUUGAACUCUCCUCUUCAUCAUCAUAUAAGAAGGACCAUUCGUGCGUAGUAGCUGAUACUGUUGGAAAUCAAUCUGAAAUUGGGAAUAUGAACGACAAUGGACUCACUGUUUUGUCCAUCGGUAAUGAUGAUGAUGAUAAUCUUGAUGAUGCAUCUACAUCAAAACAAUUGACCACUUCCAUAGAAAGUCAACAAUCGUUUAACACUUCCGAAUAUACUGUUGAAACUGUAGAGAAUUCAUCAAAAGAACAUAUGAAUAUGAAUGAUGAUUUAGCUACAACAGUUGCACAAAACUCAAUUGUAACAUCAAUCAAUUCCACUGACACUAUGACAUCGUCUUUUUCUACAUCUAAUCCAAUACUGUCUACUCCUUACAUUACAACACAACAUCAGCAACUACCAUCAAUUCAACCAAUUGCAAUGACUACUACUACACCGCCGUCAUUUGUUCCACCGUCCAUCCCACCACCUGAAACAAUUAUUCGUCUAGCACAUGCUUAUGCAUGCAGAGCUACAGACUAUGUGAAAAAAUCCAAUGUAUUCCGUUUACGUACGAAAGAAGGCGGUGAAUUUUUGUUCGAAGUCAAUGAUGCAAAAGAAGUAGAUAUUUGGAUUGAUCGAAUUAAUUUUGUUGCAGCUCUUCUAUCUGCCCCAUCUUUAGCGUCAGCCGUUAGUUCAGAGCGUAAUUUUCACCGACCUCACUUACCUGCGACAUAUACUAAAUUAAAUAUGCGUGAACAACUUGAGGAACAUCAAAAACGUUUGUUAGAAUUGGAUCAAGAAUUGACUGAUUUACGUUCUCGUCUACUUGCCACCUCUGUUAGUAGUAGUGGUAGUAGUAGUAAAAAUCGUAAAGUUUCAUCAACUUCACAAUCACCAUCUCUUGAUGAAACUGUGAAACCAUCAUUAUCUAAUGAAGAUAAUAUAUCAACUUUGGAAACUGUUACUACCACCACUCCUACUUCUGCUACUAAUGUUAAUAAUGUAAACACUGACGUGUUAUAUACAGCUGCUGGCAGUUUGACCAAUACUACUACGGCAAUAACGACUACUGCUACUCCGUCUUCCUCAGUAACACCUCAGUCACAGUUGAACUCAUUAAAAUCCAAUGAAACAAUCAAUACUAGUGCUCCAUCGACAUCUAUUCCCUUCUCAUCCAGUUCAUUCAUGUCCGUCUUUUCAACAGGUAGUCUAGGCAGACGUAGAAAAGGUAGUAGUGGUUCGUUAAAUUCCAACAGUAACACAACACAUGGAUCCGAUGGAAGUAGCGGUGGUCUUAUAAUCAGUGCCAAACAACGUGCGGAAUAUGAAGAACGUAUACAAUUCAUGGAAUCUGAGGUUCAACGGUAUAAAACUUACGCUCGUCUCUUAGAAACAGAGCUAUUCCGUCUACAACAGUCUUCAUCAGUCGCUGCUUUGGCUGCGACCAAUCCAUUUGUUCCGUAUGUCGGCGGUGGUUAUCCCAAUCCUAUGUGUACUACUCCCACAGUUGGUGGACCAAUUCAAUACAAUGCUAUCAAUAAUGCAUUACGGCCAAAUAUGAACUUUCCUAUUAUUGGCUCAUCGCCUGCUCCACCGCCUCCACCAAUGUAUUUUGUUCCUACUGGAUAUCGUGAUCGAAAUACUAGUGCCUCCACGGUUGUUACUAGUCGUGGUACAUCAAUUAUGACACAUUUAGCGGUAUUAGGUCCUCAGAAUUCAUUGAAUGAAGAAGUUGUAAAAAUGACAACAGAUCCUAUCACGUCUCUUUCGACUGCUACUAUUACUACUUCUGCUAACAUUACUAUGACACUAUCGUCUAAUAAUAGUAAUUCAUCGAAUGAAUUGAAUUCUAUCGACAAUGAUAAUACUAUUAGUCCCGGUGUUAAUGUCACUACUUCAUUAGCUUAUCCAGUGCAAUCUCAAUUAUUCCCAAUAAAUAAUACUAGAUAUAGAACAUUUGUAUCACCAUAUUUCACAUCACAAAUACCAUCGAUCAAUCCGUAUUCACCAUCUGUCAGUGGACGAUUUUAUCAACAACACCAAUCUAGACGAUUACGUUAUUCUUCACCAUUGAAUAAUCUAUAUCAUCAUCAACAACCACAGAAUGUUGUUAUCAAUAACACUACUACUAAUAAUAAUAAUGGUCGUUUUAAUGGUUUAGUUAAUGGAUUUCAGUUAACUGAAGAAGAUUCAUUCAACGAUAAACUCCUUAUUACUCCUAAUACUUCCUCAUCGAAUAAUAAUUUGAUCAUGAAUACAAUCACAGAUGAUAUGUCGUCCACGUGUAAAAUUGCAAAUGACUGUGGUAAUAAUAGUAAUAAUAAGCUUAUACAAAAUUCCCAAUCAGUUUGUUCAACAAAUGGUCUAUUUUACGAGAUUGUAUAAUCGGUGUUAUAGGCAUUACCACCAUCGUUACUAUGUUGUUUCGUUUUCUUGGUUAUCGUAAUGCUCUCUCUCUCUCUCUAAAAUCUCUAUCUCUUGCCUUCAAUUAUUUUUAACUUCUGUCAAAAUGUUUUAUUUUGGUUUCAAGUUUUCUCUUGUUAUUAUUGUUUUCUGCGUAUACAGCGUUAAAUGCGAAACCCAGCAGUCAGCCACUAUUACUAUUAGUAUGUAAUGUUUUAUUUUGUUUCACUAAUGAAAAUGUUAGCUUUGGAUGUGGAUCGUAUACAACAAUUAGGUGAAGUUAAUGUGGAGCUCAAAUGGUUGUGUUUAUUUUAUCUCGUUUUGUUCAUUACGUAAUGUAUGUGUGUGUGUGAACAUAUUGCCAUAUGUGUUACUAAACCGUUUGAUGUGUUUGUUUAUUCGGUGUAUUCUCAACCUCUUAAUCUUAUUGAUUCAAUAUAUCUCUCUUAGUAUGUGAGCUUGCCUAUGUAACCACGUGCCACAUUCAUCAUUUUCUAAAACCUCUGCUUACUGUCUUAAUCUUUUAUUGUCUCUUAUGUCAUCGUAUUCAUAUCUUAUCUCUUUUCUUUACUCAGGUGUAUGUACGUCACUGUAUAGUCAAUUCUUUUUUUCUGAAAUAGUCAUUACCUUCCACCAAACAAGGUAUAUACACAAGAUGAGCAUUUUUUAUCUCUACAUUGUAAGUCAAACUGGAAAUUUACAUUUAACCGGUAUUCAUUGUUGUUCGUUGAAACACUCUAAAAUUGAAUCAUCUUCCCUCUUUUUUUUCUUCGUCUUUCUAUUCUCGUACAUAUGUUGUAUAUGUUCAUGUUAAUUCGUUUGUUUACACGGUCAUCAUCUAGUCAUGUUAAUUCCUUGCAUUCUCCGAGGUUUAUGAUUUCAAUAUUCAAUUGAUCUCUUUUAACAACACUAUCAUAUCUGAUUCUUUGCUCUCCAUGUCGUUUUCAAAUUUUUUGUUUGUCAUUCAACUGUAUUACACUGUUUUUUGCCGCUUAUUAUAAAUUAUGAAAAAACAUUGUUCAAUGUCAAAAAUAUGAAUAUUAUACAUUAUCAUGAUCGUUAUCACUUUUUUGUUCAUUUAAUUGUAUACUUCCCUUUCCCCCCCCCUCCUGUAUACCAGUACUAAUGAUUCCAUAAUUCAUUGAAUAUCUCUUUAUUGAGUUGUGCAAAGGAAGAAAUUUUAUUUUUAGCUUGCUAUCUACAUACUACUUUUAAAUCUCUAUAUUUAUUUGCAUUAAUGAAUGAAUGUAUCACUGAAAUGCUAUUACUCUUCAUAAUACUAAUUAAUGACAUUAUUAUUGAUACUUUAUUGUAAAGUUGUAAAUGUUUCAAUUUUUUGUGUGUUUUCUAUUCACCACCCCGCCUACUUUUUGUUUGUUCAAUGUUAUAAUUAAAAGAAACAUAAUUCAAAUUUUUUUUUAGUUGUGUUAUACUUUUGUAUAACUUCAAUUCUGAAUUCACCAAUAUCUCUAUCUCACUAUUUAUUAUCAUCAUUACGAACAACAUAUACAUGCACACAUUCACACACAUACACACAAAGCAACAAUUAGUCACUAACGCGUAGAAAAAAAUUUCACUUUAUUAUUCAUUUGAUCAACAACAAUUAAUGAAUAUGACUGUUGCUUAAAUCAAUCAAUUAUUGUUCUUCUUAUAGUUAUGAUUACCAGUGAAAUAGACAAAAAAGAGAUAAUGAAUAAGUUGCUGCUGCUGUUGUCUUGGUUGUGGUUGUGGUUGUUGUUGUUGUUGUUGUUGCUAACCUUAUUUCAAUCAAAGAAAUUUAUAUUGAUCAUUUUAUUUUUUUUAAACCUCAUCUUUUUAUUGAUCAAUUGUUUUUUUUUUCUGUGUGUGUAUUCAUUUCUCUAGUCUAAUAUUAUUCAUUGAAAUACAAUAAAAUUGACUACCUUGAUUUAUAUUAUUAUUCUUUUGUUUUAAUGAAGAAUAAUUUUCUUUUUCUCAUUUUUUUUGACCAAAAAAAAUGAUAAUGAAGUACAAUGUUGCGUAAUAAGUAGUAGUUCUCUUUUUUUUCCUUUUUCAUAGGCAUCGAAUAGUAACAAUAAUCUGGUGUUUGUUUGUUUGUUGUUGUUGUUUUAAUUCAAUAGGAAUUUCACAAUUAAGCGAUUCAUAUUACUAUCCGGUCUUGUUUUCUGAACUGUCCAUAUAUAUACAUACAUAUAUGUUCGUGUCUUAGUCACAUACACACACACUAUUCCCUACUCUCUCUCUCUCUGUGUCCCUCUCUAUUCUACAAUAUUGAUUUAUCUUUUUUUAUUUCGUUUAUCUUUAUCUACAUUGAAGAAUAUAUAUAACGCACAUAUAAAUUAUGAUGACAUGAAUAGUCUUUCUUUAAUAAAACUAAAGACUAAGGUAACUUAACUUAAGUGGUGAAAAUAAGAUAAGAAAUACAAAGAAAAAAUGUUGUUCUUCUUUUUACCUCAUUCAAUAUCAAUGACGACGACAACAAUACUUCUGACAUGAACAAUUUUGAUUAAAAGUGCCUGACAAUCAUUUAGGUGUUCAAUAGUUUUAUUUGUUUGUUUGUUGUGUUUUUUUUUUAAAAAAUGAAUUUAAUGUUUAUUUUACAAUUUAGUGAAAUUUUGUCACUUUUAAUUAUUGGUGGUGUAAUGUUUAUGUGGUUCUUCCUCGUAUCCAUUCAUCCACGCACCUAACUACCCACCCUUCUUCUCAAAAUGAAUUACACACCAUUAUGCCAGUGAAUGGAUAGAAUCUAUGCAUACAGUACAAUGGUAUUUCUUACAAUCUAUAUUUCUUUAGUUAUUUUAUCAAAAUGAUCAUUGACACAUAGAUUUUAAUAAUAACAAUAUAUAUUUAACUGUGUGUGUGUGUGUGAGGGGAGAUGAAUGCGUUUUGUAUUUAUUCUUAAUUUCUUUUAUUAUCGAUAUACUCUCCUUUAUGUGCUUAUAUAUAUAUAUAUAUAUAUAUAUAUAUAUAUAUAUAUAUAUCUUUUAAUGUAUCCAUUUUUUUAGUAAGAUAUCCUGGUGACGUUCUCUUUGACUUGACUUUCAUACAUCUCUCUGUCUUCUAGUUCUUUUUUUUACAUUUUUCUUUCUCUCAAUUCAUUACACGUUAACAUCUUAUGAAUUUUGCCGUUACAUUUGAAGUUGUUUUUUUUCUAACUGUAUAUUGCGUAAUCCAAAUUUAUGUGAAUAUAUAAAUAAACACCUAUAUAUAUAC